AUGGCUCCUUCGCCUGAAUCCCUCGUCUUUCAUCGAGCCCCAUCGAUCGAAGGAGAUGCUCCUCCACCAGGGCCAAAUCCUGAUACCAUCGAAGCCUUCGUAUAUCUCGCCCUAGUUGUGCUUCUUGUCGGAUUUCGAGUAUUCUGUCGAACAAGAGCCAUUGGCAUCAGCUCUUUGGGGCCGGAUGAUUACCUUAUGAUCUUCAGUAUCUUGCCGCUCGUGGCCGAGACCGUCGUCCAAUAUAUCACCGGUACGGAAUUUCAUGGCCUAGCCAACAGCGCCAUGACGGAUAGCUACCGCCUUGGAAUUGAGCCAGGGGGUCAAGAAUGGAUAUGGAGAGUUAAUGGUACGAAGACGAUUUUAGUCGGAUGGAUAAUGUACACCACCCAGAUAUGGAUGAUCAAGGCGUCAAUGUGCACAUUCUACCUGCGCCUUACCGUCGGCCUUGAAGGGUACAAAACUCGAAUACUCAUUGGACUUGGCAUAAUCGUUGCGUCCUACAUCGCUGCCAUAUGCACAAUCUUGUUCACUUGCAUGCCCUUUGAGAAACACUGGCAGAUCUUCCCAGACCCAGGGAAUUUGUGUAUGCCUGCUAUCAAUCGGGUCGUCAUAUAUACUUGCCUUGCUCUCAAUAUUUUCAGCGAUCUCUACCUUUUCAUGAUUCCCGUUCCCAUGUUCUGGGCGGCAAAACUCCCGCCAGCCAAGAAAUGGGGUCUGACAGUCUUAUUCUCUGGCGGCAUCGUUAUCAUUGUCUUUGGUGUUCUCCGAUGCGUAUCUAUCUUGAAGGCUAGUACCCAUCUGCUAUCAAUAUAUCAUGCUGAUGAUUCCGAGGGACCGAGAGAAGGCACCAAUUGGGCUUUGAGAGAAUCAUUCGUUGCGGUUGCUGUUACCAACUUGCCCAUGACCUGGGGCUGGCUCAAGGUCAAGCUCCGCCCAUUCCUAGGAUCUUUCCUGUCGACACCUCGAACCAAAGCAACCGGCUACGGGAGGACUGGCAAUGGGGGAGGGAGUGUGAAGCUAGACGACAUGUCAGCCUCCGGCAGGUGGCGGGACCAACAGAAGCAGAAAAACAAGUCGCUAUCCUUGAGCCAGCAAAACAUGACACCCGGAGGACUCACAUUCCUAUGCGAGACGGACAGCAACGAAGAGGACAGUAUAAGACCGAUCAGUCAUGGAUCCCAUGGCAUUGUCAUGCAGGUUGAGUUGAAAGUGUCGUCAGAGAGGAAGUCACAGAUUGAAGGCGAUAUCAAGGUGAGCGAGACACCGCCGGUGCCUGAUAGUUUUUCGCCACCCGACGAGCCUAAUGUUGUGAAAUUGAAAUGA